AUGAAGCACUGCCGGGCGCACUUGCGGCUUAUCUUGCUAUCUAUCGUUGCUGCCGUGUCAGCUGCAGAUAAAGGAGACCCAAUCCCCUGUAGUGUAGACUCAGAUUGCCAUGCCCUCCUGCAGUCUAGCUCUGCGUGUGUGGAUGGAUUCUGUACCAAUCCACUCCGAGGUGGGUGCUUGAAGCAGCUCAAAGAGGGAUGGAACAAGACAAGGGCUUGUCACUCAGAGGAUACUGAGGAGAAUCUCCAGCACUGUACAAUCCCCGAAUUUGAGGAUGACUAUAUGGAGAUCCGUAUCUCUGCCCUCAAUUGGCAAUCCGCAUACUUCAAUGCCUGGAUCUUGCAGAUUCUGCUUUCAGAGCUUGUUGGUGUCCCAUCCACAAUCGAAACAGGGAAUGCAGCUGGCAACAUGGAUUUCUAUGAUGCCACCAGACCGAUGGAGCUAGGGGAUGCCCAUGACUGGGAAGGACUUCGUCGGGCACAAGAAGUGGGAGAUUGCCGUGUCUUGGAAUCAUCUGGAGAUGACUAUCAGUCCUGCUCUCAUGUAGUUCCAGAAACAUGCUCGUCAGUAGCUGCCAUGAGACGGGAGAUGGAGGGCGAAGGGAUUAUUGAGAAGUCAGUUGGAAUAGGUAGCAUUACGGAAGAAGGUUGGUUCAUUCCCAAGUUCACCUUGGCGCAUGAUCCCUCUCUGGCUAGCUAUGCUGGUCUGAUGGGACCAGAAAACCGCCAGAAGCUGGCAAAUACCUUUAAGAGGCCCACAAAAUGGAAGGAUUACUGCCUACAUGUUUCUCCCGACCAAUUCUUUGUUCAACCAAAGUCACCAACCUCGCGUGUCAGUGCAGGAACGUUUCAACCCAUGGCUUCCUUUGGUUCUAGUGCGGGGCACAACUCCGCGUUGGCGAGUCAGGCGCAGUGGUCUCAAGUUCACCUUGGGGCAUGA